UCGAGACGUACUAGUAUUCCCAAUCUUCAGUGUCUUUUCGUGUAUAUAAAAGUUCAACGUACACAUGGUUUUGUUUUACUAGGUUAUAUUUACUAUGUCUGCUUCGCGUUUCGAAGUGUCAAAGACAGAUACAAGUGUACUGUUGCCAGAAAAUGGCGCCGUUGAACUUCAGCCUAUGCAGAAAAUUCCAGAAUCGCCUCGAGCUGACGACAGUGUUGAUGGACAGAGCAUCGAAGCUGCGGCGCCGAUCGUACAAAUGGGAGAAAAUGACUGUGAACCACAGAAUGUCGAGAAAAAAGAUACAACUCCAUCAAUACAAGUGACGAUGGAAGGGGAUGAUCAUUCACACCAUGUUGUUGUUCCAUGUAAUACCCAGAAAAAUUUACUUCUUUAUGAGGAUGAUAUGAAACACAUGCCACCAUUGUCAUCAUUUCUCAGAGGGUUCAAAGCACCAGGCACAGAAGAUUACAAUGACGAAACAGAAAAACGUAAAAUGAAAGCCAAGUUGGGUACAAUGCUUGGUGUUUAUCUACCAACCAUCCAGCAUAUAUUUGGUGUAUUGAUGUUCUUACGUCUCUUCUGGAUUGUUGGUAAUGCAGGUGUUAUACAAUCUUUCUUGCUUGUUGCUCUAUGUUGUCUCACGACAUUCCUUACAUCAAUAUCAAUGAGUGCCAUCGCAACUAAUGGGGUUGUUGAAAGUGGUGGGUCUUAUUUUAUGAUAUCACGCAAUUUAGGAGCUGAGUUUGGUGGAGCAGUGGGUAUUCUAUUUUAUCUUGCCAACACAUUUGCAACCUCCAUGUAUCUUAUAGGUGCUGUGGAAAUUUUGCUGAAGUACAUAGCACCGUCCUUAUCAGUUGGAGAUGCAACAAAUUCUACAAAUUUACAAAAUAAUUUCCGUUUGUAUGGAACCAUCCUGCUUAUCAUAGUUGGUAUUAUAGUUUCUAUUGGUGUGAAGUUUGUACAGAUGUUUGCACCUGUAUCAUUAACAUGUGUCAUCAUAUCCAUCAUAUCUAUUUACAUUGGAGGAUUUCUUGCUUCUGUUUCAAAUAGUCCAGGUGUAUGCUUACUGGGUGACAGAUUAUUAGCCAAAGACUACAUUUUACAUGAUGGUGAACCAUGGUGUACAACCAAUCUGUCUGGUCCUAUUUAUCCAUUAUAUUGUAAUGAUGAGAAGAAUGAUACUGAAGCAUGUGAAUACUUCUUUAAUAGUGAAGCUCAUCAUAUUCCUGGCAUACCUGGUAUUUCUAGUGGACUUAUCGUAGACAAUGCAUUCAGUAACUAUAUGAAGAAGGGUGAGGUAACCCAAGGUGUGCAGGGUGAUAAAGAUCGUGGUGAAGUUAUUCAAGAUCUUACUACUACAUUCUUUGUUCUCAUGGCAAUCUAUUUCCCAUCAGUCACAGAUCUUACCUUUGUCUUACUAUUUGGUGCUACUAUUGAUAGAUCACUGCUUUUAGACAAGUAUGGAGAGAGUUUAGGUGGUAGUAUGGUGGUUGCUCAGUUAGCUUGGCCCAACGAAUGGGUGCUACUUGUCGGAUCAUUUACAUCAACAUUUGGUGCUGGUUUACAGUGUUUGUGCAGUGCUCCACGUUUAUUGCAAGCCAUAGCUAAAGAUAACGUAAUACCAUUCUUAGGAGUAUUCAGUGUUAUAACUAAGAGAGGAGAACCUAUCAGAGCUCUUUUUAUCACCAUAGUAAUUGCUGAGUUAGGAAUUCUUAUUGGUGCUUUAGAUCAUGUAGCUCCUGUUGUUGACAUGUUCUUCCUGAUGUGUUAUGCAUUUGUGAACUUUGUUUGUGUGUUACAAACAUUGUUACGCUCACCAAAUUGGAGACCACGUUUUAAGUAUUAUCAUUGGACGCUAUCGUUGUUAGGAGCUUUACUCUGUAUAAUCAUCAUGUUUGUAACUCACUGGUAUUAUGCUAUUGUGGCUUUACUCUUAGCUGCUGCCAUUUAUAAAUAUAUUGAAUAUAGAGGAGCCAAAAAGGAAUGGGGUGAUGGAAUCCGUGGUUUGGCUUUAUCUACCGCUAGAUACAGCUUAUUGAAAGUAGAAAAUGAAGAGACACAUACAAAGAACUGGAGACCACAGUUACUGGUGUUAAUGAAAUUGGAUGCUGAAUUACAGCCGAGGUAUAAGAAAUUAUUGACCCUUGCUGGACAGCUCAAAGCAGGUCGCGGUCUGUGUAUUGUUGCCUCAGUUGUACAAGGGUCAAAUUCAGACAAUCUAAAAGAAGAGACUAAUGAGGCUAAGGAGAAUCUCAGAAGUGCUAUGGUCAGUGAAAGGUUGAAAGGUUUUACCAAUGUUAUGAUAACGAAAGAUGUUUCUGAAGGCCUGAAUGUAUUAAUACAGACUAUUGGUUUGGGUGGUUUGAGACCAAAUACCUUACUUAUUGGUUGGCCUUAUGGUUGGAAAGAAAGCCAUAAUGAUGAUACAUAUAAUACGUUUCUUGAUGUACUUGAUUAUGCACAUUCUUCACAGCUAGCUGUGCUCGUCCCGAAAGGAAUCAAGGACUUCCCUGAUAUCAAGGACAGAGUUAGCGGCACUAUUGAUGUCUGGUGGAUUCUACAUGAUGGUGGUAUGCUUGUUCUGCUGCCAUUUCUUCUCAAACAACACAAAGUAUGGAAGAAUUGUAAACUGCGAAUAUUUGCUGUUGCACAGAUACAGGACAAUAGUAUUAAAAUGAAAAAAGAUCUUACUAGUUUCUUUUAUCAUUUACGUAUUGACGCACAGUUAGAAGUUGUGGAGAUGCCUACUAGUGAUAUAUCUGCCUAUGCAUAUGAAAGAACAUUAGAGAUGCACCAAAGAAAUCAAAUCUUAAGAGAAAUGAAACUCACAAACCAAGAGUUAAACUAUGAGACUGAUGGAAUAUCACAGAAGAAAUCCAGACCUAGUAUGAGACGGUUAAGACGAUUACUCUCUGUUGAAAAAGAAAUGUUCGAACCCCAGGUGAUUUUUGAAGCUUGUCAUCAUCCAUCAGACAUUAGUCUAAAAAGGCAAAUUUCAGAAACAAGUGGUGUGAGAUUUGAAACAGGAGGUGAUGAAAUAGCCAGCAUAGAAGCAUUAAACCAGUACACGUUCUCUGAGCCUCCACUUGAAAGAACAAAGCCACCAGUAACUACUGAAAAUGUUGAUGCCCAUGUAAUGCAUGCUGCUAGGAAGAUGCAUACAGCUGUCAAACUCAAUCAAGUUAUUACUGAGAAAUCAUCAGAAGCUCAAGUUGUCAUCAUGAAUCUCCCAGGACCUCCUAAAAAUAAAACAGCUGUUCACAAUUAUAUUGAAUAUCUUGAAGCUUUGACUGAAGGAUUAGACAAAGUACUGCUCGUCCGUGGUACUGGUAAAGAAGUCAUCACCAUAUACUCUUAA